AUACCCUGAAGAGGUUGGAAAUUUGGUAGGGUCUUUGUUAUUGUUUAGGGUGCAAUCAAAACGAGAUGGAAAUGUUUUCAAGGGAAAGAAAUCAUUCAGUGUGAUUGACUUUAAUGAUGAUCAGGAUGUUGUGUCUCUUUACACUUCAAAGGAUGGUUCAAAUGAGGUAUUGGAUGAAUUUGCUGAGCUUCGAAGGCAAAUUUAUGACAGUGAGACGAUUGGCUCAUCGGAACAAGAAGUUGACAGUCCAGUGCCGAGUUCAAGUAAAAAGGAAGUGAUUGUUGUUGAAGGAGAUAGCGUCAGAAGGUGUUUAAUGGGAGAUCUAUCAGUUUCUGGCCCUUCAAAGAAGUUUAAAGCUGUUAUUAAGACAGAGAAGGACUAAAUAUCUUUGUGGUUACUUGGGCAACA